AUGGGACACUUGGCUAGAAACAAGGUAUGCAUCCUAAAACAAGCUUGAAAUAUUCGAUCGAGUUAUUCCAUGACUGUCAUUUCUUGCUCCUCGAAUUGACUCGUGUGUAAUUGAAAUAAGAAGAUAAAUCUCUUCAGACAAGACAAUUUGAGCCAAACCUGAGGCAACUGAGUCAAGCUUAAUAAUGAAUGCUGUCAAAUAAUAGCGUUACUGAAUUCGUCAAAUAGCUAUUAAUUGUAAUGAAGCCCUGUAUCGACCAAUCAGAGCUUGCACAGCUCCAUGAUCACCUGAGCACUGAGAAAAUCAGGAAGUCAAUCACCAAUGCUGUGUUUAGUUAUGCGCAACUAAUGUCUUGUUUAUUCCUAGGUCCGAACAGGAAGCGUUACAGCCAGCGAGAUUGUAUCCGGUGUUCAGCGGGCUACGAUAAGCUUGGUGUGGAGUAUCAUCUUUCAAUUUCAGGUUGUUAAAAUUUUGAUUUGGAUGCAGAGGCAACUUAUUUUUUUAUGUCUAACAUAGUUCUGAUAAUUUAAUAUUUUUCAGCUUUCAGUGUUCUCCUUCGAAGCCGUACAAGUCUUUUCUUUCUUGACCUUCUUUCCCAGUUAUUUUUUCCUUAUUCUUUUCUGCUUUCCAUGGUUCGUUAUCACUAUAAACGUUUCGGCCCACAUCGUAAUGAUUUUUGUUACGUUAUCUCUUAAAUAAUUUUUGUUUCAACAUAUGUCCCUUAAAAAGGUAAUCAAGGCGAUUCAACCCUCUCAAACAGAUUAUGGAGUCGAUCAAAAGCUACUAGGAUGGUGUCAAUAUCAGCUGAAAGGGUUUGUAUCUCUCACGAAUUCGCAAUCAAUAAGGUUGACUAAUUCUAAUGAUGAGUUAACAUAGCUUUGCUUUACUCUUUUGAUCUACAACAGAUACAAAAGUAAAGUAGAAGUGACUAACCUAACCACGAGCUGGAUGGAUGGUUUAGCAUUUAAUGCACUCCUUCACUCUUUCAAGUAAGCCUUUCGUGUUGGUAUCCAUUCAGGCUGAUAUGGUAAACAUACUUAUGCAUAGCAUUAAACGUUAUCGAGGGUCACUUAUCUCGUCGCCUUGGUGCCCAAUCUGCGAGUGGAACAUAAGUAUAUUUUACUUACGACCUGUCCAAGACACCUCAUAUCUUUAACUAAAGAAACCAAAUAUGAGAGAAAUUCCUCAUCUUCAUGGCAGUGUUCAACGAUCGGAAGAUUGCGUCUCCAUAAUAGGUCUGCUUUAGAUAUUAGUAAUCGUUGCUUGUUUUCUGUCAUCUUAUAGCCCAUCUCACUUUGACUUUGAUGCAAUAUCAGCAAGUGACGGGGAGAAACGUCUUGCAAAUGCCCUUAACCUGGCCACUAAAAAUUAUGGAGUACCUCCUAUUUUUGACUUGGAAGGUAAAGUUAUUACUUGGCAUCUAUAAUGCAAGUACUCUAGCCUUAAGCCUAUGUAAGAAAAUCUUUCAAUGAGAAUUUCGUAUAGGCAAACUCCUUUUGUAUUUUAAGCCACAAAAUGUUUUCCACAUGUAAGUAAUUUACCAAAAGCUAGUUUUACUCAGUUUGUCUAGAAGUGGGGUUUUGCUGUUUAGUUUUUGACCGAUAACGUCCAGUAUAUUCUCUGUGAUAGAUAAGUAAUUUAAUUUUUUAUCUAAAUUCUUCCAGAUUUUGGAAUCGAAACACCAGAUAAAAAUAUGAUAACGCUUUUCUUAUCAUAUUUGUAUCAAUUCACGAGGAGCGGAGCAUUAUCGGUCGAGAGUUUUGAAACAUUCAGGAAACAAACAUCAUCUGAAGUAAAAACGGUGAGUAUACUUGCAUAAAAAUGUUAUUCGUUAUCUGCCAAAAAUGAAGCAAACAAAUAAGGUAUCAGACGGGUUUUAAAUUCUGGACUUCCUUUUACAGGAAUACAAAGUACAGACCUUUUCCACACGGUAUGAAACGUCAAGUUCACGUGCUACAACUUAUGAUGUCAGAACGACAAGCACUACUCAUCAAGGAAAGAAUGAUAGCGUCUUCUAUGAAAACCAAUCUGUGGGAAAUGAACGAGUUCUUCGUGUGACUGGUUUCCCUUCAUCGAUUCAGAUACAAGGGGUACGAUGAUUCAGUUCUUAUUUUCCCUCUCGUGAUACCAGUCUAUGUCGCAACCGAUCUUUUUUGCAAGCCGUAAAGUGACUCUCCAUCGAGUUCGUUCAGUUUUGUUUGCGGAACACUGCCCCUCUAACGCCGCCCUAGUGUUUCAAAUAAAAGCUGCGAAGUAGAGUUUCGUGAUGAUAACAAUUAUACUCAAAAUCGUACAACGCUAAUAAUGCUGACAUUAAUUAAAAUGAAGAUGAAAGUGAUCCUCGCUCCAAUAAAUACUAGUAAAGCAGUGGUGAUUUUUUUAGGCUAUAUUUUCAAGCAGUAAGUGCAUGUUCAUUACUGGGAAGAUCACUCUCAUCUUAAUUUAUUAAUCUGCAGUCAAUUAUGUAAUGUUAAAUUUUACAGUCGUUCAAUAGUUAAAAGUACAGGAUGAUGAAAGACAUGAUAAUCUGAGUUUAUAAUCUCUUGUGAAAAGUUGAUGUAAUUUUCCUCCAUGUUAGGCUUAUGAUCUUAGGGAGUGAGUUAGUAAGAUGCUCAAAGGCCGAUCUGCCAAAGUUAAUGACAUUCACUUUUUUAUGUUUUCAGCGAAAAGGUUUUGUUGUGUCACCGUUUCGAAAACCCUCGAGCAGUUCAUCCAGAAAUUCAUCGAGAGCCUCAAGUCCAGACUCUAAGGUAUUGAAAAGAAAAUUCGAUAGAUUUAAGCUGGUAGAUUGCAUUACUCUUGCAGGCCUUAUUCCUAGGGGGGGGAGUUCUUUCUGGUAAUAUUUAGAUCACGUCUUUUCCCAGCUCCCUGGGAAACUCGGUAGAACCAACCCUGUGCUACCAAUUGGUUGAACAUUUCAUUCCGUCCAACGAACAUUCGUUUUUGACAAACCAGUGAAGUAAAAAAGUUACGAACAUAAAUUGCGGUGUCGCCAGUGAACUGUGUGCAUCGAGUGAUGCAUCAACAUCCUACUAGUCUGCCUCUUUUCAUACGCUGUAAUUCAAAUUUUAAAUGCUUGUUACGAGGAGAUGACUUAAUGUAGUAUGGUGUGGUCUGGUUUUACUUGGGUUUGUUUGAUUUGCUCCUAAACGCCGAUUUGAACGAGGAUAACGUGAAUAUUUGCUACAUCAUCGGAUAGGAAAAUUUAGAAAUGCAUAUAAUACCGACACUCCGGCAAAAGCAUAUAACCAAAAUGACCCUUAGACCCUGUAUUGCUUAAGUGUGGUUCUUGGCAGCUCCUGAAAGUGAACUAAACUAAGAAGUCAUCUUGCUUUGCUUUAGCGGUCGAGGAGCAAAACGAAUUUUGGACAACCUUUGGGCAACGGAACUGUGUAAUGGCAUCCUCAAAAGUAGUGAUGGCUUGAAAUUGCCUUCUAAGUUAAGGUUUCAGAAGGAGAUUGAUAACAAACAAUUUCGUCUUUAUCAUCAUUUGAUGAAUUAUUUCACUAUUACAGGAGCUCAAAGACGAACCUCUAACGUUCACAUCGUCACCUCAAAUGUCAUGGAAUGAAUCAUACGAGUACAAGGUCGCCACCAGAAAUGUCACAUCAGAUAGUCACGUAACAUCCACUUCCAGCACUAACAUGGUAUAUACUCGUUUGUGCAUUUACACGAGCAUGCUUUCGAUUGACGCAUCGACGACACUUCUCCAGCAGUGAUUUACGAGAAAAGCUUUACGCAGAAAACUGUCCAAUAAAAGUGCAGAUAAUGAUAAAGCAGAAUGAAAAAAUCUUGCUCUUGAGCUUAUCUUCGGUACAAGAUAAAUGAAUGCAUUUUAGCUUGUGAUAUCUUAAAACAGACGUUCUCCGGUUAGGACAAAGUAAGGAAUCCUUCUGGCAUGGCUUUAUUUUAACAAGUUCUAGGUAAUGGAUAUAAGCUUAUAUUCUGUGGUUAAAUAAAGUAGUCGUCUGUUAAUCCCAACAGGAUCAAAAGUCCUACAAAUAAAAUAAAUUAUCGUUUCUUUCCCAUAUAGUUAUCGUCUCAGAGUAGCGAAGAUGAUUCUGCCAGAGUGGAUAAAUUAAUCAGCAUGGUUCAGAAUGGUCAAACGAAUGAAAACCAUAAAGAGGUAAUUUUGAAGUUUCUUUGAAAUAGAGAGAUUUGAGUGUUGAAAGGAAGAGAAGGGUUUAUCAUUACCAUAAAGAUACAUCACAACUGAAAACUAAAACCUACAUUCCUCUAAUAGGUAGUACCUGGCGAUGCCAAAAGCGACUCAGAGAAGCGUAUUACCUAUACAGUAGAGAAGAGGGUAAAUGAUCAAAGAUAUAUGGUGCAUUGGUGGGCAACUAAAAUGUUUAGUUGACGACAAAGUAAAUAGUUGAUAACAUGAGAUACACCGCCGUAGUGAAAUUUAAGAAACAGACGUUCAUGACAUUAGUCCCUAGUAAAGGGAACACUACCAUGGCCCUUUUCAAAAGAUAUCAGAUUUGAAUCUUAAAAUAUGUUCAGACAAAAAAUGAUAUCGACUUGAAAUAUCCUUAUCAAGAAUAGUCGGUCGGCAUCAAAUCGAGUCUCCUCAGUUUCGUGAUUAAAAAAAAGUUCGCGUUACAGCACAAAUCAGGUAUCAUACUCCAUCUCCAGUUUGCUAUUAAGUCAUAAUAAUAAUAGAAUGACCAAAUAUUUAAGAUUUUUCUUGUUUCCAACUGGAGCAGCCUUAUAUUUGAAUCUCAAUUAAAUUUACAGACAGAGCGAGCUCCAGUUGUGAACAUAGAAACUGAAGAGACAGUUGUUGAUGAGAUGGUGAAAAAGACAAUUAGCACGGUAGAGGAUGAACAAGAAAGAGAGAGAACUGGUAAAAGUGACGCCGAGAUUGAUGCAAAAGAAGGUGAUGGCUCCAACAAGGACGCAGCUACUCCUGAGAAAGAUAGAAAGGGAGAGGUGCUCCACGAAAACACAACACCGGUACGUAAUUGAAUAAUCAUAAAGAAAACCAAGACAGCCUAAUAAAACAUUCGUUACAAAUUACGAGGCCCCUUUGUUAUUUUCACUUCGCAAUAAGUAUCGGGAACUAAUGUCAUUCAAUUGUACGCCCCUUAGCCUGACGGCAGAACAAAUAAAACCAGAGAGGUUUUGUUGGUAUCCACUGCACGUAUCUCUGGUGAGGAAAAUCCAAAGAAAACAGAACCCGAUGGACGGGCGUCUUGGCUCUCCGUUAGCACUGAAGAUGAUGGCGAACAGUCUCCUGAUGCUAGCCUGGUUCAUUAUUUUAGAUAUGGCAAGGAUGAGUCCAGUCCUCCCAGGUAAAGAAACAUUAAUUUUGCAAAGCGACAGCGUAAAGCUGCGGUAUAACGUAGAAGGUACGCAAUAUCGCCCUAUCGUUUGGUACUACGUUAAAUAAAAGCCACAUAUUCUACUUUCUCAACUACUCUAUUUCAUGAAGGCCUUCUCUCUAGGCUUCCGUUCUCCUUUCCUUAAAAAUUGCGAGGUCAAUCUUGCGUCCCAGGAAUGUCAUAAAAAUACAACAUGUACAUGCCUAAGGAUUCCAAAAAGGCCGGCUGCUUCAAUAUCCGAAUUAAAGUAAACCAAAAUGCUAAGAUUAGCCCAUUGCCGCAUUGCGAGAAUUAAGCUAUGGGUGAGAUUAUUUUUGUUCUUGAAAUUGGAGAAGAGCCAAGUCAAAAGUUUGAGGGAACAAAAAGCACUGUCCAGUUCCAAUACAAGUACAAAUCUCAACCUGCGAAGCUGACGUUGUGUUUAUAGAUACCUGACCCAAAUUCAGAUCAAUUUGGGAGGACAAAGAGAAAAUAACGUCGGGUAAGGAGCGAUUUUGUUUCAAUUUUCUCACCAAAUUACAUUCAUUGAAACACGCAUUACUAAUUGAACACUAAUGCAUUUGGAUCAUCUUUGAAUCGAAAGCAAAUACUAUCAUUUGGUGAGAUUAUCAUUUAUUAAUUCUGAUCUUGCAACUUAAAUCUAAUUUCUUGAUCGCUAUCUGUAACGAUCUAUGAUGACCUCCGUUACAAUUUUUUCCAUCCGUUCUCUUUCUUGAUUUAUCAGUUUCUCUUCUAUGGCGAUUAAAUUUCUUUUCUGCUGGUCCCUCCUAUGAAACUGUUAUCGAUAGUUAAGAUCGAUGAGAGUCGAGUACAGAUCGCAUCAAAGAAAAAGAUCAUUUGUAAAAAAGACAUUUUCUUAAACUUUUUCUAAUCCGAGUUUUCCUGAUCAGGUGUUGAGAUAUUCGAAACCUGUCUGCGAUCGAUAGAACCACUGAUUGUACCCAAGUCUUGUAAGCAUGAAGAGAACUCUACUAGACGAUAUGAUUUAAAUCCCCAAGGUCUUAGAAUAAAAUGAGUCGGAAAUAAUGGCUUUUCUUCUUUCCUGAAACACGAGUGGAAACACUGGUCACGGAUUAUCUUUUUGAUACAGCCAAUAAAUUCCUUUCUUUCUGCAAAAUUUGAGAUUACAAACUAAACCUAACAAAGCACCUAAUUUGAUAUUUUACUUUACAACGUAAUUUCUAAUGAUGCAAACUUAACUGUAAUCUUGCAAAGACCAUGCCGAGAUAGAUAGUAUUUUAUAAUGAGAAUGAAACUAACAAAUCAAAGUAGAAGCAGCCAUUGUUGCUGUUGUUAUUUGUUUAUUCCAAUUUUACAGUAUGAUAGGGAGAUCAUAUGCACCUUGAUAAGCAAAGCCAUAACUCAAUAGAUUAAACGAUAUUUCGGAGAAGUUGUGGGGGAUUUUUCCUGAUGAAGGUAUGAUUCAAAAUGCGUAUACUUGAUCUUCUCAUUCACAACAGCUCCCCGGCUGGCUCAAUCAACUUUGUGGACUACCUGAAGAGGAAAUUAGACGCCGUUGAUCGAGAUUUAUUUGACAUCGAGUACGGUGCAGGACAGUCGGACAAAGAAUCAAUGGACUUACAGACCACGAAAAAAGCGUUGGACCAACACAAGGUUACUCUUAUUAUCUGUAGCCCUGAUGUUUGACGUUUAAUGAGUUUGCGUGUGUUAUCCGUUUAGCCUGAGAAGUUGUCUCUACGUUGAUCACUAUGAAUACAUAUAUUCAAAUAAAUGAAAGAGAAAUACGCUUCCCGAAUUUCUGAACUAGAAGUCCCAGUUAUUCGCAAAGAAAAUAAGCCAAAAAAGACACAUUUUUGCAUAGUUUUACCCCACCAACGAAUGGCUUGUAAACCGCGUUUUACAUUUAUUUGUUGAGUUACUUCCUGCUUAACUACACGACAGAUCAAACGUACUUGAAACUAAACUAACGUUUGGGAUGAUUUCACAUUGUCUCGAAAAGGACGUUCUGCUUGAGUUGGAGUCGGUUGAGGCCCAUACUUAUGAUGUUCUAGAGGAGGGAAAAAAUCUGGUCAACGAAAAAUGCUUUGAUAGUUCGCAUGAGGAAUACUUUAGUGAUAGAAUGGAGGCAACAGAAGGAAAACUGAAGAGGACUGAGGAAGUCGUGAAUAAGGAGCAUCAAAGGUAAUUGUUUUUCUGUUCUCUUUAAACAGGAUAGGAUGAAACUGGAUCCUGUCUGAACCCCUCGUGACGCGCUAGUUUCUUAAUUGUGUUUCUUAGAGAUAUCGCAUUUUGGGAUCUAAGAAUAACCAACCCUCAGCCAAAAAGUUAUGUCACUGGGAAUUUUAAACACCUUCGUCCAUUCUUCACCAACAGAGCAUUUUAUUAUGCUCUCUUGUACCCUACCAAGACUUUUAAGCAACUCGCGAAGAAAAUGUAACAGUAUUCCCGGGAGUCCAGAGAGCUUGAGUCUGAAAAUACUUGUAAGGAAUUUCCUUUAGAAUAGGGUCCAGACUCUUGGCUAAUGAUUCUAUCCUGGCUUAACCUUAAGAUAGUUGAUAAGCUGACUUAUUAAAUUGCAAACUCAUUCAUCGUUUACUGAUUCUUCCUUCCUCCGUAGGUUGUUCGACCUGUAUGUAAUUUUGCUAAAUCAGCACUUGGAGCGGAUGAAUGAUUGGCUUGUCCGUGCCGAGUCCCGGAUGGCCUUAGAUGAUGACGUGGAGCCAACUUACGAAGGAGUAAACCUUCAAAUCGUCAAUCAUAAGGUUUUCAAUGAACUCAAUAACUAACGUAAUUUGCGUCCACCAUUUGUCUUUAAAAGCCACUGAUAAGUCAGACAUUUUUCAACCUUCUACUGUGGCUGAUGCAUUUAGAUAAGUUGAGCUUGUAGUUAACUUACCCUCCUAUUUAGGGUUCUAUAUAUAGAAUAAAACUGCUAGAAACGUCGUCCUACUCAAUAAGAUCCAUUAAAUUUUUCAAAGCUUUCGAUUUGUAACAAUAUGGAAAAGCUGGUCUUUUUAUCUUUCUUGCAUAAAAUAAGUAAGAUGAAUUCCUUUAUCUUCGAUCUUCUCUCGUCUCAAAGUAAAAAAGUCUCUUAACUUCACCAUGCCCCUCCUACUGUUUCAUUUUCUAAAGACUUGAUCUUAUCCUAGACAUUCCAGGAAGACUUGUCUAAUCAUUCCAUGGUGAAUAUGAUACUUGAUAUGGACAUGGAAGAUCCUGCUAUAGAUGAAACCAUUCGGGACUGGGUCAAAGUGAGUGAUAAUCUUUCUAGGAAAAUCUCAAUGGGGUUAACCUUUAGUCGAACAACGGCAAAAAGUUCAGCCUUAAAGCGUGAAAAACGACAAAUUUUAAACUUAAGUCAUGAAAAAAUUAACCAUAUAAUUUUUUGUCAACUUAAACAGAAAGAAACCAUCCGUUACCCAUCACCCCAUUGAGACCCUCUUCUCAGUGUGAAUAAACACAAAAACCAGGAGAUGUAUACUUACAUCGAGAUCCCCCUUCAAAUAAACUUAUCUUUUAGGAGUUAAAUGAGUGGUGUGAACGGAAUAUUUUAUGAAAUCUCAUCAGUAGGCGGCGCAUCUUUUAAGUAUGAAAAAAAUAGGUAAGAAAUCCUGUCUGUUCAUGAAAAAAAAAACAGCUAGGGUAAUGUUUUGGUGUAAAUGAUAGAAAACACUGUUCUCGAUUAAAGAUGAAAGAGAAUGGUAAUCACCAAUUAUCAUUUGGAGCAAUUAGGACGGACAACUUGGGCUUCUAUUUCUAAUUCACCAGCCCUCCUCUUUUUCUCGGAAGCAGGUUUUGAGUGAACGUUGGGCUGCAGUGUGGACGUGGGCAGAAGAAUGGAAAGAGAAGCUUUACAAAGCCCUUAUCGACUGGAAUAAACUUCGCGAAGAAGAGACUGUUCUAUUGUCCUGGUUGUCAAGUAAAGAACAAACCAUGGAUGUUAUUGGCCAAACGGAUAUCACAGAUGAGGAACAAGUGAAAAUGCACUUGAAUUUGCUAGAGGUACGAAAAGGGCUGAUCAGUAAUUAAAAGCACAGAAACCCUCGUUCAGUUCUGUUUUACAGCAGCUCUAGGCCCAGCUGCACAAUCGUUCACCUUUUCAGUAUUUUUUUUUUCCAACAGACAUUAGAGCGCGAAAUGGAUGCACAAGGCACGCGACUGGAAUCUCUCCACCAAAUUGGAGAAGAACUCAUAAGAGAUGCUGACUACCACAAUUCCACCGCUAAAGCAAUCUGGGACCAAUUGGAAGACUUUGAUGAAUGCUGGAAAGCGAUUAGUAACUCAGUCAAGGAGAGGAAAGCAGUGGUGAGCAUUGAAAGUAAAACCAGACGAAACUUACCGUUGCGUUUUCUUUGCAGCGCUUAUAUUUUAUCCCUCUGUUUUUCCCUUUCAAAAUAAAUCCAACCAAAAAUGGCAUUGUUGCAAGAAUAAUCUAUGGCGCUGGUGAGUUUAGAGUAAAAAUUAUUAGAAAUUCCCUUAAAUAUUACAUGUGAGUGUGAAUUUCAACAUGAACUUCUGUCGUAUGAUAAUUAUGAUACAACUAAUAACAUUGUCGUUAUUGAAAAUACACAUUUUAGCUUCAAGAUACCCAAAGUAAGGUGAAACAGAUGGGGGAUUUGAUGAAAGAAGUUCGAGCCUGGAUGGACGAGGCCGAAAAAUUAAUCAAAUUUAUUCGAUUGCAAAGUGACCCUGAGAAGGAAACCAAAAUCCAAGAAAAGAUAGAGGUAAUGGUCAAUAUGCGUUGCAUACUUUACUAUACAUUCCAUCAGAAGUUACAUAGACACUGAAUACGAACAAUCUUUUAUGUGAAUCCCCGAAUGUUUUUCUUUUUUUCGCAACAUUCCAACAAAGUGUCGGGGCUCGACAAGCUGUAAGGCAGGGUACCUGAAUGUUCUGUGUAGAUUUUAAAGCAGAAGAAGUGAUUUGAGUGCCGAUGUAACCCACUUACUGCCACACCAGGUUUCUUUUACUCUUUUAAACUUUCCUCAUGAGGUUCCUUUUGACUAUUUCUAAUCGAAAAUUUUAAGGUUAUCCUUCACAUUCAAGACCCAUUUGAAAAAAAAGUCUUUCUAGUUUUUAAACAGUGGGUCUUGUCAAAGAAAAACUUCUAAAAGGUAAAUCAUCUGGUGUACACGACUUGAAAAUUGCACAAGCCAAGCAUGAAGUUUAAGGGAUAUUCUAAUCUUGGCAAUGGGAUAAGUUUAUCGACAAAUUUUGGUUGUUUAUUAAAUAAAGUAGACUCUCUAGAUGUUAAGUUUUUGCUGGGGUAGAUUUUAGUUCCCGGUCGUUCUCAUCUUAGGGGAAAAGGAUGAACUAGCUCUUUCUCGAUGCUUAAAAUAAUCAUGAAUAGCUAAUUUUUACUUAAUUUUUCAGCUUAAAUGUGAGGAAAAAGACAGAAACCAGCUCAAAGUCGACGAGAUCAAUCGCUUAGAGGAAGAACUAAGCGCAAACAUCGAUAAGAGGUCCAAUUACUACAUGAAAAGAGUCACCAAGCCAUUCAACAAACGCUGGGACGACACAAGAAUUGCCCUCGACAGAUUUCGUAAUGAUGACUACCCGUUUGUCAAGCCUGACGACUGCUUCCUUGUUAAAUGUUUAAAGAAGGCCCUCGUAGUUAACUAAAUAGAUUCCUCGUGUGCUUAAAAUCCAAAGUGACGAUAAGGCAUGAUGUGUGAUGCUUUACGCAUUAGCUCUCUUUAAAAUAGCCACGCUUAUUUUUAAAACACCAUUCAUGUAAAUGAACUAAAGAAAAAGUGGAUUUGGAUCCUUCCAUGACAGAGGAAGGGAAGGAGUCCCGUUAAUUGACUCGGCAAAACGUUCCCCAUUUAAUUCAGUUUAAGAGGCUUGACACAUCAGCAAUCCACUGCAGAAAAUACGAGUUGGCUCAGUGUUCGAGCUUUAGUUAACAUUAGGUUUCAAAAAAACCCUGGAGAUGAUUAAACUUUCUAUUCUGCCACUCAGAGACUUUAGCCUCCACCCUAAAAAAAGAUUAGGAAUUGAAAAAGCUUAAUACCUUAUUUGGCUAAAAACUUGGAAUAUAUAUAAAUGACGAGCUUUCGGCUACAAGGGUAAUAAGCUUUGUCGCCAAAAAGUUGAGCUAUAUUCUAAAUUAAUUUUAGUGAGAAAAUGUUACAAUUUUAAUAUUCCAACCUGUUUAGCCAAGCAAAACUACCAGUCGCUUUACGUAAAAAAGCUAGAGCAGGUGGAAACAAGGUUCAGUCUGGUUGCACAGUGCCCUCAGCAAACAGCUUCAUAUGUGUUUGAGGAAGGGUACCAUACUAUGCCCUACACAAGCUUUGGUGGGUAAACUUAAGUCGUUUUCAACGCCGCUUAUCAUGGUAAUUACGCUAAGCCGUAGGAAAUUGUUUUCCAUUGACCACGCGGAAUUUCAUGAUGCAAUUCCACGCUUUUAUCGAUGCAGCUAUUCUGAAUAAUUUCAUCAGAUCGCACGUUACACUAAACAUCACGUUUCUAGUUUCCCAACCAAUCGAAAGACAGCUUUUGAAGCGAGGGCGUGCCGUAUGUCACAUAACUUCAAGGCGUUCCACGCUCUAAAGCUUGUAUUUGAAGACCUGAAAGGCUAGACUUUCAUCACAAAAGCACUUUGAACGACUGGGUGGAGGGAAGCGGCCAAAAAGCAAAAUCCCGAUUGACCUGAACGUAAAAGAAGAUCUACAAAAGACAAAGACUGCUGCAGAAAUGAAAGGAGUUACUCAACGCCGUCGUAUCGUGAACUACAUCGAGUAUUAUAUGGACGAAUAUGAUUAUUAUAAUUUCGAUCGUGUGGCUACAAAUCUGAGUCACUCCCGAAAGGGAAGAUCGAAGAAGGAAGCCAGUUUGAAUACAAACAGACCAAACCCGGCAGGCCACGAGAGAAAAUUGUUGACGAAACUACAAAAUACGGAGAGGAAGAAGAAAGAGAGUAACCUUAGAACUUCUGCAAAGUGAAGCGUCGCCGAUUUUGGAAAAAAAUGCCGUCAUUUCGACUGAAACUAUUAAACCACUGCUCGAUCAAAGUCAGUGUUUCAAAUUGAACUACUGUAGCUUGAACUGGAAUACACGUCGCGUUCUGAUGUUUUGUAAGCACUUUUAAUUACUCUGCGCAUGUUUUAUGGUUAGGUUUGUUGACACAAAGUCGUAAUUCAGUUGGAAAUUUAACUCAUUAAAAUUUUAGCUAACCAAACAGCUAAAUACUACAAUCCCGGAAAAAUGGGAGUUUGUAUUACUGAGGAUAAAUAAACGCUGGAUCAUGUAACGCCAAUUAAGUUUCUACGUUUGUAGUUGCUGUAGUCCGGCUUGUUUUUUGUUAUGAAGAAAGAAUUGAACAGGUACCUGUUGGGAACACGUUUUGUUACACUGUGUUAUGAGAAAUUACUAUCAAAAUAAAAUAAACAACC